UUGAUAGACCGAGGAAGGAAGAGAAGGUCUGAGGUAAAGCGGAUUGAAUGUCCCGCUAAUCCCUUAAUUUCGAAUAAAUUCCACCGAAGCGACAUAAUUCGGUUCGUUUCUCGCCGACUCGGGCGGAUCCUACAGAGGAGGGAGAACCCAGCAUGGCAUAUGAGGCAUAAAGAGCAGCCGCCAUGAUCGGAGGACUGUUCAUCUACAACCACAAGGGAGAGGUACUGAUCUCCCGGGUCUACCGCGAUGACAUAGGGAGGAACGCGGUGGACGCGUUCCGCGUGAACGUGAUCCACGCCCGGCAGCAGGUGCGCUCGCCCGUCAGCAACAUCGCGCGCACCAGCUUCUUCCACGUCAAGCGCUCCAACAUCUGGCUGGCCGCCGUCACCAAGCAGAACGUCAACGCCGCCAUGGUGUUCGAGUUCCUCUACAAGAUGUGCGACGUCAUGGCCGCCUACUUCGGCAAGAUCAGCGAGGAGAACAUCAAGAACAACUUCGUCCUGAUCUACGAGCUGCUGGAUGAAAUUCUGGAUUUUGGAUACCCUCAGAACUCAGAGACUGGAGCGCUCAAGACUUUUAUUACGCAGCAGGGCAUCAAGGGCCAGCAUCAGACGAAAGAGGAGCAGUCGCAGAUCACCAGCCAGGUGACCGGGCAGAUUGGCUGGCGUCGGGAGGGAAUCAAAUACCGCCGCAACGAGCUCUUCCUGGACGUGCUGGAGAGCGUGAACCUGCUCAUGUCUCCCCAGGGUCAAGUUCUGAGCGCGCACGUCUCGGGCCGAGUGGUCAUGAAGAGCUACCUGAGCGGAAUGCCCGAGUGCAAAUUCGGCAUGAACGAUAAAAUCGUCAUCGACAAACAGGGCAAAGCCGGAGCGAGCGAUGAGACGGGAAAGAGUGAUUUAGGGGGAAGCAGCGGGAAGCAGUCCAUAGCCAUCGACGACUGCACCUUCCACCAGUGUGUGCGCCUGAGCAAGUUCGACUCCGAGCGCAGCAUCAGCUUCAUCCCCCCCGACGGAGAGUACGAGCUCAUGAGGUACCGCACCACCAAGGACAUCAUCCUGCCGUUCCGAGUCAUCCCGCUGGUGCGCGAGGUCGGACGCACCAAGCUGGAGGUGAAAGUCGUCAUCAAGUCCAACUUCAAACCCUCGCUCCUGGCGCAGAAGAUUGAGGUGCGCAUUCCCACCCCUCUGAACACGAGCGGCGUCCAGGUGAUCUGCAUGAAAGGCAAGGCCAAGUACAAGGCCAGCGAGAACGCCAUAGUGUGGAAGAUCAAGCGCAUGGCCGGAAUGAAGGAGUCUCAGAUCAGCGCCGAGAUCGAGCUGCUGCCCACCAACGACAAGAAGAAGUGGGCCCGUCCUCCUAUUUCGAUGAACUUCGAGGUCCCGUUCGCACCGUCCGGUCUGAAGGUGCGCUAUCUGAAAGUCUUCGAGUCCAAGCUGAACUACAGCGACCACGACGUCAUCAAAUGGGUGCGCUACAUCGGCCGCAGCGGCAUCUACGAGACCCGCUGCUGACCGCGCCUGCCCGCGGUCCUCUGCCCUACUCUUGUGUAUCUCACUUUCCCUCCUAGACCAGAAUUAUGCAGAAUGUGAACGUGAACGUGUCCUGUGUGUGAAUCCUGACGAAUCGGCUAUCGUACGUAGAGCGGGGAGACGCCGCCUCGGGUCCUCCGGGGACGCAGCACUGCAGAGUUUCGGGUUUAUUCUCAAUGUCGGGGCGGUAAGCGAAUGCUGAUUGGCUUAUGAGUCCUUGUUUUUAAUCACACGAUGCGCUGCGUGGGGCGUGAUCGUCGUCUGGGGAAGAUCUGUGGGUCGUGAAUGCAAAAUCAUCACACGGUUAUGAUGCACAAAUCCAUGGUGAACAUAGCAGACUGAGAAAUGGUGUGUGUAUGUGUGUUAGAGAAAUCAGGAACUGUGCAGUGCUCUGACCCAGCAGGACUGAUUGUAUCUGUCAUUAGUGCUAGAUCAAGUGUGACUCUCUUUGUGUCUGAUCUCCCUCCCUGUAACAAACUUGACUGUACAAGUAAAGCUAUAUCCAGUGAAAA